CGCUGAACAGAGGAAGACGCCCAGCUCUGGUAAGUUUAGAAACCAGUGGAGUUGACUGCGCGCCACCCACAGCACAUCAUUUGGCUGGAGUCAGCUCAUGUCGGAGCUGUGCGUAAAAACGAACCCGCAGGACGCGUCAGGCGGUGCCAUGGCAUCCAGGGCUCAGCGUGCAAAGUCCACUCUUACACCCACGGAAUGACUUCCUUUUUUUUUUUUUUCUGCACGGAUGUUUGUGUUUCGAGGGCAGCUGCUCUAAUAAACUGAGAGUAAUCUGGGAUAGGAUGGUGGAUCAGCCCUUUCUUCUCCAUCGACUCCGCUGCGCCGAGGAACGAUGCUGAGAAAAUCAACCCGAGGAUUUUCAGCUGCCAAACUACUAGAAAUUCUUUGGACUCCAUCCUCUCCAUUAAACGUUUGAUUCAGUCCUCAAGUCAUGGAAAGCCUCAGCGAGCUCCAAAAUCCCCUGCUAGAUAAAACCAGCAGGCAUACAGUUCACAACGACUACCAGGGAUCCCAAUGCGACUACUCGAGCCAACCGUAUCAGGACAGCCUGAUUGGUUACUACUACACCGGGUCCAGCGGCAUGCAAAAGACCCCACAGUUCUUGGAUGCAACCUCUCUUCAACUUGCAGUGGAAGCUUUUUACAGGCCCAACUUUAUCCUGUUCAAGGACAACAUUAGCCUUCACAGCAAGGAUUCAAAGAAUGAGAUCUUUGAGACUACUUUCACAGAGAAUAAGGAAGCUGUUUCAGAUGGGGUUUCAACAGAGAACACGGGGGAGAGCACACAAGGGGAGAAAGAUGUGAAGAUCCAGACGGUGUCGUACGACGUGGAGGAGGAGCACUGUCCUGAGUACGAGAGUGACAGCUCCAGUGAUAGCGAAAGCGAGGACAACUUCAUUGUGCUGCCCCCUCGGGACUACUUGGGCCUGGCCAUCUUCUCCAUGCUCUGCUGCUUCUGGCCAUUGGGCAUCGUUGCCUUUUACUACUCUCACAAGACCGGCAAGGCCAUCGCUAAGGGAGACUUCUCCAGAGCGGGGAUGAGCUCCAGGAGAGCCCUAUUCCUGGCUGCACUGGCCAUUACCAUUGGAGCAGGGAUGUACGUGGGGGUGGUUGUCGCCCUCAUAGCCUACCUGUCCAAAUCUGGACAUGUAUAGCACCAGGACCAGUUGCUUGAGGGGAAAAGUGGGUAAGCAAGACGCAAGAUGGGAGGACACUUAAAACUGGACAGAUCAUUUUGCCUCUCAUGAACAGUAAAAAAAAAAAGAGCAAUGCAAACCAGAAAGAGAGUGGAUGAAAAAAACUCCCAAGUGUGGAUGGAGUAUUACUUCAACCGCACAAUGAUCCAUACUGAAUCGUUUUUUCUGGUAUGCAGCACUACCACCAAAGGAACAAACGAGAUGAGAAAAGAAAUAAAUAAGAUAACUCUUCUUCGGCACAGACUACGCUUAACAGUAGAAAACAACCAAACAUCACCUUAGGGGUUCAAAAACAACUUAUUUGAGCUUUGCAAAAGGUGUUUUAUCCGUAUGUGUAUUAGCUACAUUGCCAAUAAAAUUCUUGUAUUAAAACAGUUAGCCAGUCAAGUUUGUAUGUGAUUGAUUAUUGAGAAAUAAACCGG